CGGGGUUAUUGAUCAGUGAUAAGAAACAGCUGCUGUGACGUCUGUGGCCACGUCCAGGUGAUGUAACUAAAGCCUGUGCACGUGUUGUGGACAUGAAGCUCUGCGUCACUCAGCUCCCGCCCUCUCUGACAGGUGGAGGCACAUCUGGUCGUCAAUGGCAGAGUCUCGGGUAAUUGUGGAGGAGCUGCUGGCUCUGUGUCUCCAGAGGAUCACUGUGGAGGAAAACAGUAUGCGGACUGAGCAGGAGUUGAUUGAGCUGGUGAAGAACUUCGAGGAGGUCAGAAAGAAGUGGCUGCAUGCCGAGCUGGAGCUGAAGAAGUACAAAGAGCUGCUGGUGAAGUCGGACGUGGCCAAAGCUGCUCUGGAAGUGAAGCUGAAACACGCUCGUAAUCAGCUGGACGUUGAGAUGAAGAAACGCUACAAGGUGGAGGCCGACUACCAGUACCUGCAGAGGCAGAUGCAGCUAAUGUGCGACAUCCUCGUCCACGACACUAAAUCCAGUGCCUGUCUGAACGAUGAGCAGAAGUCUCUCUUGGCCACGUUUGAGCACAAAGGGGGGAACAUGACACUGCAGAGGAGCACCAGACGGUUGCCAGUGAUCGAUGAGUCGUCCUUCCUGUCUCACUCUGACAUCAGCUACGAUCGCACGGACGACGAUGUGGAUUUGGACACAACUGUGAUCCAACCGCUGAGGUCUCGAGCAAGAGAGAGGAGGCGUUCCUCGAUGGGUCUGCCUGUUGGUGCUCCGGUCAGGAAACGAAGCAGAGGCAGGAACUUGUCAGCAGAGCUUCUGGAGAGGAAAACUGUGGAGAAGGAGGUGGAGACCAUUGUGAAGGCCUCCAUCAUUUCUAAUGACACUGGAGGCCAGGUCCACAUGGUGCUGGGAAUCACUCAGGAAACCUCCGACACCCAGGAGUGUACCGUCUCAGCAGGAGGUGAGAAAACCCGUGAGUGUUUUGGACUCUGUCCUUCAGGCCAGACGUCGGUGUGGUUUCCCUGCAAUGACUCGGUCACCGGUCCUGAAGGUGAAGCUCUGGUCGAGGAGAAAGUCGGGAACAUUGGCAGAGAUCAGAAAGCCUCCAAACACACCUUUGUGUCAAAGACGGUGAUCCGGCCGGAGACCUGCACGCCGUGUGGGAAGAGGAUCCGCUUUGGGAAGAUGGUGGUGAAGUGCCGGAACUGUCGUGUGGUUGCUCAUCCGGAGUGCCGACAGAAGUUCGCUGAUGGCUGCACAGCCUUCAAUGCCACUGCAGGAAGUACAACUCAAACGGCAGCUAAGGACUCGUUGGAGGACUUUGCUCCUCAGACUCAUCCCAGAGUGCCUCAGCUGAUUGUGGACUGCGUGGCCGAAAUCGAGAGGAGGGGCCUGCAGGAGAGAGGCCUGUACAGAGUUCCUGGAGGUGAGCGUCUGGUAAAGGAGCUCAGAGACUGCUUCCUUCAGGGGAAAUCUGCUCUGAUGCUCAGUAAAGUCCAAGAUGUCCAUGUGGUCUGCGGACUGCUGAAAGACUUCCUGAGGAAGUUGAAUGAACCUAUGAUCACCUUCAGACUGCACAGGACCUUUAUGGAGGCUUCAGAACUGCCUGAUGAAGACAACUGCUCAGCUACCAUGUAUCAGGCCAUAGCAGAGCUGCCAAAGGCCAACAGGGACACGCUUGCCUUCCUCAUGAUUCAUUUACACAAGGUGAUGAGGAGUCCUCAGUGCCAGAUGGACCAGAAUAACUUGGCCCGGGUGUUCGGCCCAACCAUUGUGGGUCACGGGAUGCCUGAGCCAUCACCCAGCACCAUCUUGAGAGACACCAACACUCAGCUGAAGGUUGUCUGCCGCCUGUUGUCCCUCCCUGAAGAUUGCUGGAGGCGUAUCCUGAUUGGCCAAAUCCCCCCCCCUUCCUCCACCAGUAAGAUGGGCCAGAAUGAAGGGCAAGGUUGUUUCUUCCAGCCGCUGACGUCUCCAGAGUUAAACAGUUACUACCAAGCUACAGCAGGAGGAUCUGUGAGAGGGCGAGUCAGGAACCGGGCCAAUGCAGGUCGACCAGAGCCAGCGAGGAAAUUCUUCACGUCGCCCAGCUGACAGAUUUUGAACCUCUGACCUGUUUGAGCGCACUCUAAUGCUGGACCUCGACCUGAUGAUCAUUUUUAUAGAUUUCAUGCUAACCACAUAAAGUUUGUUAUCAAGGCACUUCAAAAAAUUACAAGUUGGAAUAAAACGUGAUGUCCUGUG